GGAAACAUAUUUUUAACCCAAACCAAUUCUACUGUUCGACCCUUAUGUACUCCGAACCCCAUGUGUGUUGAAAAUUUGUAGUUCGCAAGACUAAAAGCUAUUACCAUCGAUUAGGUAUGGAAUGUGCUAUAAAAUUAUAUUAUCAAUAUCCUCGUGAUGUCAAUCUCCUUACAGAAAUAGUAACGAUGAAUUCCUUCGAUUACUAAAAAAAACUGGUAAUACUAACAACUUCUAUUCAUAGGCAGGUGGUUGGAGGGCGCCACAGGCAGGCUGGCUUUACUUUUUUUUUGUAGUUCCUCUGUUGUAUUAGUUGUAUACAUGUAUUGGUUUUUAUCAGCGCUGGAUAACCGUCAUGGCGUCGAUAUGUACUUCUCUUCACUAAAAAUCAAAAGUAGACUAAAGUCAAAACAGCUUUGGAUAGGACAAUUUCAUUGCUUGCUCUUUUUUGUUCAUUGCUGAUGCCCUGGGCAGCUUUCUUUUAUUAAAACCAAAGCAAAAAAAAAAAAAACCCCAGAAUGUACUAAGCAUAGUGUAGGAAUAAAGGAUCUGCAUUAAAAACGCUUGGUUGUGGAACAGCGCCGUCUUUGGUAUUGCGGAUUACGCAAAAUAGGUAUAACGUUCUGCUCUAGUGGAAAAUCCCUCAAGACUCAGAGAAAUCAGAUUAAUUACCAGUCAAAACAACAGAGGACUUUGGUCAGGAAAACGGGGCCAGCUGUCGUUUGGAGCAAGUUGUGGCUAGACCCAAAAAAUAUAAGAUUUGACCAAUCGAACACGCGUGCCACUGAUUUAUCCAACCAGGAGCCCAGCACGCUCAAGGAUAUUACAAAGAGACAUUGUUCUUACUAUAACAUCCUUGCAAAGAACUUCUAAGUUUUCCAAAGUGAGUGGUGUACUGUCCAAGCGGUACCAGGAGAAACAGUACUUUCAUUUCAAUGUAUCUUUCUGGACAAUAAUUGUUCGUACUUCCAGAUUGUCUUUGAGAAACAGAAUCUCAACAAAGGGUCAUACACAGAACAGACGAGACAAAACUAGCCUUACGUCCCGCCCUGCCUAAUCAACCUGGAGACAUGAACACACAGCAUAUUAUCAACCUCCUUUCCCUCUACUGAUUUGGUCGCGACAGCAGCUGCUAAAUUGGAGAAGCGGCAUAAACCUGAUCGUAUCGACCACAGAGAAAGAUUGAAAAAAGAUGACGAAGUAAUGGGUGAAAUCGGACACACGUAGCAAUUGUAGAAUAUCGUGGUUAAUUCUUUCCUUCUUUUUUUGUUGUUGUUGAUUUGGUUUAGAUUAUAGUAGGCCUUCAUGAUGUAUAAACCAACGCGAGGGCAGUAACCGAUUCGGGACUUUCAUAGUUUUCAAGAUUGCUAUUGCCUCCGGAAAUGGAUGUGCGUGCGAAAGCCCCUCCUCAUUAACGUGCUAGAUUGCAGGCUGUAAUGAAAAAGGAGUAGAACUCUAACCCAAUCUGACGUCUGCUCGUCUCGAUCAGCGCGAGGGACAGGACGCCAUGUCUGAUAUGGAAUCAAAAUCUCAACAGCUCUGGCUGAUGUUGCAGAGUUGUCUGUCCUGGGUCAAGGCCGAACUACUCUGCGGUGGGGGUGAAGGUCAAGGCCUUCUGACCGUGGAGCAGGUUCCCGACGUCAUGAAGGAGCCCUUCAUCCUCACAGGCUACCGCAGAUUGUACAAGCCCUGGGGAUAUUAUUUGAUGAGCUUUGCCCGGUUACACAAUGAGACCCUAAAUGUGUGGACUCACGCGGCCGGACUGCUCAUUUUGCUGAGUCAGCUCAUUUUUCUACUACGUGAUUUUGACGUGACUGAGGACAAGGUCUCUUGGCCUAAUCUUGUCUUCGGCAUCUGCUGCUUGCUAAAUAUGAUACUCAGUGCUACUGCUCACCUGUGCCACUCCAAAUCACCGUGGCACCACUAUCUGUUCUUCCUGCUCGACUACAGUGGCGUGACCAUCUACGGCUUUGGCACGGGCAUCGGCAGUAUGUACGUGUGUUCUUCCAAGGCCUUCCACGACAGUUGGGCCUUCUGCUAUCUGACCCUCUUGGUCCUGUCCACUUGUUUCGCUUUCUUUGCGUGCUGCGUCACCAAGAUACUGCUGCCCAAUCACGCUGCACGGAAGCCGUUGAUGGUAGCUGGAGUCUCCACCCAGGGUCUGGUCACAGCCCUGCCGACAUUUGCCCGUUACGCUGAGUGUUUCACAAGUCCGUCCUGCUCGCUCGCAGACAUGAAUCAUAUCUCCCUCGUCUUCCUCAUGCUUGUCGUCUGCGCCGUCACCUUCGUCGCACAUGCCCCUGAGCGCUGGAAGCCCGGAUGUUGUGAUGUUUUCGGCCAUAGUCACCAAAUUUUCCAUGUGGCAGCAGUGGUAACGAUGCUGUUUCAGUUCCGUGCGCUGCACAUUGACACGAACGUGCUGAAGAUAGCGCACGAGCUGGAUCCCAGUCCCAGACUCAUCUGCCAAGCUUUCGUAUGUGUCAUCUUGAUGGAGGCUCUGACACUGAUAGCUUCUGCACGCUUCAUCCUAUGUAAACGUGUCGCGUCCAGUGACGACCUGGCCUGCAGAAAGCAAAAAGAAACUUGAAAUAUAUUUGUGAUCACGUUUUUAAAAUGUAAAAACGUAGAUAUGCAAUGUCUGCAAAGGGUACACAAAAUGCCCUAAGGUCUAUCUGUGAUAAAGAUGAACCCGAGAAACGUCA